AACUGUCUCUCGAUUGAAGAAAGUCGCUAUGGAGAACUUCAUUGUAGAAAUAUUUCAAGUGUUUCUAUUAAACCAUUUUGGUUUGACGAACAACAGAAAUGUGCAUAUCAUAUUUCUUCAACAAUGGAAUGUCAUGGUUACUUCACGUGCCAUACUAAUAACUAUCGAUCAAACCGACCAAAGAGGUAUCAACACCCGAACAGACGUUUUCAUUGUAACGACUGUUUUCCACUAUACUCUGGAGAUAUAGCAAGAAUCAAAUGCCAGACAUUCAGUGCAGUAAACAUUGACAAUAUGAAGUAUGAUAACGAAAUUUGUGAAGCUUCCAUGUUGUCCAAAAACCAAUAUCUCUCAGAAAAGAAAAUAUGUGAAAAUUCGUUUACAUGUUCCAUCGAAAACACUGAUAAAAGUGAAAGCAUUGAUGUUCACUGUACAGUUGGCAAUAGCAUACCAGGUGAUGACACAACUAUGGAAUCUCAUGUUCGCAUACCAGUUGAUGACAGAAGUACGAAAUCUCAUGUUGGCAAACCAGUUGAUGACAGUAGUACGGAAUCUCAUGGUGGCUAUAGUAUAACAGAUGAUGACGCAAGUGGCUAUAGUAUACCAGAUGAUGACGCAAGUGUUUAA